CUCCUAGCUCCUCCUCCUUCAACAACCGGAAGACUAGGAUACGAAGCGCUCUUCUGAGAAGAGAGCGGGAUCGCCAUUAUCGACUGGUUCGUUCCAUCCGGGUCCCGUGGCGCGAGACGGGAAGAUGAAAGCCCGGCGGACGGGGGCUGCGCGCGCCGGUUGCUAGGAUACGGGGCGGGGGCCACGAGGACCGGUUUUUAUUUUGAACUCCAACUGACAGAAGUGAGACGACUGAUUUAAGAUCCGGCAAAAAUCAGUUUAGUGAAGCCAAGAUAUGGUAUCGGAACAAGACCAGUGCUUUAUUGUGCAUACAGCUGUUGCAGUAAGAGGAACAAUAUUUUCCAGUAUUGUUACUUAAAAAAACCAACUCAUUCUCUUCUAAUGUGGUGUGACUGAGACUGAAAGUGCUGAAGUUCUACCACAACAAUUUGUGACACGACAAUUAGAAGAUGGGAAACAGUGCCUUAAAAGCACAUUUGGAGACAGCCCAGAAAACUGGAGUAUUCCAAUUAACUGGGAAAGGCCUUUCUGAAUUUCCUGAGGAUCUGCAGAAGCUUGCAAGCAAUCUCAGAACCAUUGACUUGUCGAACAAUAAAAUCGAGACCCUACCACCGCUAAUGGGGAAAUUCUCCGUGUUGAAGAGCCUUUCUUUAAAUCACAACAAACUGACUGCAUUACCCGAAGAACUGUGCAAGCUGAAAAAGCUAGAGACUUUGCAUCUUAAUGGUAACCAGCUGACACAGCUACCUGCUGCUUUUGGACAACUUGCAGCUCUAAAGACUUUGAGCCUUUCUGGAAACAAGCUCCGAACUGUACCUGCCCAACUAUGCAGCCUCCGUCACCUAGAUGUGGUGGAUCUCUCAAGAAAUCAGAUCCAGAGUGUGCCAGAUACAAUUGGAGAGCUGCAGGCCAUUGAACUGAAUUUGAAUCAGAACCAGAUUUCACAGAUAUCCUCACAAAUCUCACACUGUCCACGCCUCAAGGUCCUGCGUCUGGAAGAGAAUUGUCUAGAGCUAAGUGUGCUGCCUCAGAGUAUUCUCAGUGAUUCUCAGAUCUCUCUGCUUGCUGUAGAUGGUAAUCUUUUUGAGAUCAAGAAACUCCGAGAACUGGAUGGAUAUGACAAGUAUAUGGAAAGAUUCACAGCCACAAAGAAAAAAUUUGCCUGAUGGAUUACUAUGAGUCUUCUCAUGAAGGAAGAAGUAAUGAGAUGUGAUACAGGAAUGCUACGUGCUGCUAGCCUGCUGGGGGGAAGGAAGUUCAAGGUUUUGAUUAAGUACAAGGAAACAGCGGCCCCAGUAACUUUGAAGUUGUCUAGCAUGUCUCAUUAAGGCCACUAACCAAAUCUAGGAAUUGGCCAAGCUACUCUGGUACAACACUCAGCACCUUUAUAGCUUGCAGAGUACUUCUUUAUAUGGUAUUCUCUGGCUUCAGGGAUCAUUAUGAUUUAAUAAGAAAAAUCUUGUAUUUAAAAAACUAGAGAUGAAGGUUUUGUUACAGCUGUUGGCAACCUCGUGUCAAAGUUGAGCAUGUGGAGAGGAGACACUGGCCAAGGAAUAUACUGACCCUUUCUUACAAAAUUAACUCUCCCAUGCAAUGUCAUCUCUUGGCUUUUACUGUUUUAGUGUGAAAGAGGCUGAAAACAUCCUUUAAAAUCAUGUAUAUUUUGAAGCACACUUUAACUGACCAGAUAUUCAAAAUAGUUGUCCUCGUUUCAUGUCAUGUUCACAUCCCAUGAAUGGCUUGUCUUCCAUCUGAUGGUGAAAUGUCCUAAGCAUGCCACAUUAAUGAUAUAAAUAACCGGAUCUUAAUGCCUAUACUGAUUGCAUUGGGGAUGGGGGAGCUGACAUCUUUGCACUGAAUGUUAUUGGCAGUAGAAAGCUCAACUGCUUAAUCAAGUUGAUCACCUUAUUGCUGCCUUAUGCAAAGCACCCAGGAGGACCUAAAAUAUGCAACUUUUCAGAGUUACUUGUAUAUUUUUUACAAAAGAUCUACAUCCACAAUUGUCUUAAGCUUUUCAGUUAAUGUAUAACUUAUUCACAUCAUGUCAUUUAAUCAAUGAAAAUAAAAAGAUGCACAGCUAAA